UCCUCUGCAGUUAUAGCCGUUUUCUUUAGCUUCGCUAUCUCAAAAAACAACGUUGAUGCCAUUACUUUUGCUCUUUCUUUAUUUAUUUUGAUAUUUUCUCUUUGCUUUUUAUCUCUCUCCGUCUCUUUAUAUACAUAAUAACAUACAUUUCUUUUUCCCCGUACUUCUUGGAGAGAGAGAAAUGACCCAGGAAGUCUUGAUCAUCAUUAAAGACAACGCAUAUACAGAGAUUUGAGAGAGAAGAAAUUUGUAGUUUGAAUUUUCGUGAAAACCCAUAAAAGGGGAUAAAAAAAAAAGAGAGCCUCUUGCUGUUUUUUUUUCCUGUCUCCCUUUUUUUUUUUUUUCUGUCGGGUAUUGAAUAAUGGGAUCAUCUUCUGGGCAAGGUGGUGGCUUUGAUCUCUCAUUCAAGAUCUUGUUGAUCGGUGAUUCUGGGGUUGGUAAAAGCAGUCUUCUUGUUAGUUUCAUUUCGAAUUCUGUAGAGGAUCUUGCUCCCACCAUUGGUGUGGAUUUUAAGAUCAAGCAGCUAACAGUAGGUGGGAAGAGAGUGAAGCUUACGAUUUGGGAUACUGCUGGACAAGAGAGAUUCAGAACAUUAACUAGCUCUUACUACAGAAAUGCCCAAGGAAUCAUUCUUGUUUAUGAUGUGACGAAAAGAGAAAGCUUUACAAACUUGUCAGACGUGUGGGCUAAAGAAGUUGAACUAUACUGCACAAAUAAGGACUGCGUAAAGAUGCUUGUUGGGAAUAAAGUUGAUAUAGAGUCCGAAAGAGAUGUAAGCAGAGAAGAGGGAAUAGCUCUGGCAAAAGAGCAUGGAUGCACAUUUUUUGAGUGUAGUGCUAAAACUAGAGAAAAUGUGGAGAAAUGCUUUGAAGAACUGGCCCUCAAGAUAAUGGAAGUUCCCAGUCUUUUGCAAGAAGGCUCUACUGCAGUGAAGAGAAACAUAUUAAAGCAGAAACAGGAAAACCAAGCACCUACUUCUAGACCUAGUAGCGGUUGUUGCUCUUCAUAAGCUGCAAAAAGGAGGCAUUUGUACGAAGAUGGCAUGUAAAAUGAGUUCCCCUUUAACACAUCGUGAACAGAUCAUGUAUAUGAUAAUUGCUUUCCUUGUUUCUUACUUUGUUUUUCCACUUCUGUUAUGAUCAUCCAUCCCUGAGUUGCCUUGAUCACUUCUGUAUUAUCAUUCUGGGAAUACAGGCACUCAAAUAACAUGUGCUAGCUUGUGUAUAAGUGCUUGCCUUUGUUUUUAUUGGCCAAUGUUAUAUUAUUCACUCGUGCUGUAAGAACAAAAUUUAUUUUAUUCUAUUGAUUAAGUUAAUGUGAGCUUUUUAUCCUCAUAAA